GAGGGAAUUCUUGGGACUCGUCUCCUAUCACCAUCCCUUGUGACAUUUAUUCUUCUCUCUUUCUUUUCCUACCCUCUUGACUUCUUUCAAUUCCCGUAACUGCUACUUCUUCAGGAUAGCCCAUUGUGUGCUCCUAGAUACCGCAUUCUGUCGCCUGAUCAGGGGCCGCUGUCGUCAUCUGUUCCUUACCCACGCGCGCCACGGAGCGCAAGGCCAGACACGAUGGGCCUCUCCAAAACGAACAGGAUUCUGAUCCUGUUGGCUAUUGACUCGGCCUUCUUCCUGCUAGAGUUGAUUGCUGGUUACAGCGUCCACUCGCUUGCCCUGGUUGCGGACUCCUUUCAUAUGCUAAAUGAUGUCCUUUCACUACUGGUCGGAUUAUGGGCUGUCAAAGUUGCCAACCGCGAGACCAACUCAAAAAUGUACACAUACGGGUGGCAACGCGCAGAGACACUGGGUGCCUUGGUUAAUGGCGUUUUUCUGGUGGCUUUGUGUUUGUCUAUCUUUUUGGAGGCUAUACAGAGACUGGUGGAACCUCAGGAGGUCAAGAAUCCCAAGUUCGUCUGCAUUGUCGGCUGCUUGGGUCUGCUAUCAAACAUCAUCGGCCUAGUUCUUUUCCAUGAUCACUCCCACGGGCAUGGUCACAGUCAUGGUCACGCAGAUAUCGAGGAGGGUGACGCUUCGGAGGAAGACCACGGUCAUGAGCAUAGCCAUGGCCCCGCUCCGGUGUCGGAGCAGGGAAACACAACUAGCCGUACUGCCGGCGCAGAUGCCUCCUCCCCAUACUCACACCGUCGUCGGACCUUGGACAGCCAGCACCGCAGCUCUCGUCGUUACAGCGGCGCAACAGGCCGUGGAUUUGUUGAUGUCGAAGAGAUCCAGGUUCAUCCUGCCACUUUGCGACAAGAAAUUAUCGCGGCUAGUCGCUCCCGCUAUGAUGACAUGUCCGGGUCUGACACCGACGUACUCGAAGGUGGAGAGCCCGAAGACGCUCGCCCGUCAGAGCGCUCUGCUUUACUUGUCCACAAGGACCGCGCAGGCAACUACACCAAUGCCGACAAUGCGCCUAACAAAGCCCGUCGUGCUCCUGUUGAUGACGACAUUCACCGGCAUCACAAUCAUGCCCAGCCCAAGCAAAAGGAUGAGAAGCACGGCCACGGCCAUGGUCACGAUUUGAACAUGAGGGGCGUUUUCCUCCACGUGAUGGGCGAUGCGCUCGGCAACAUCGGUGUCAUUGCUUCCGCUCUGAUUAUCUGGCUAACUGAUUACUCUUGGCGCUUCUAUGUGGACCCGGGUAUCUCAUUGGUCAUCACCGUGAUUAUUCUUUGUUCCGCCAUCCCUCUUUGCAAGGCGGCGUCGCGGAUCCUGCUUCAGGCUGUGCCCCAUGGGCUUAGCAUUGACCAUAUCAAGGAAGAUAUUGAAGGACUGCCAGGAGUCAUCGGCUCCCACCACUUGCAUGUCUGGCAAUUGAGUGACACCAAGCUUGUGGCCUCAAUCCACAUUCAGGUCGAUACAGAGAUUAAAGGCGAGGGGUCAGAACGGUACAUGCGCCUAGCCAGACAGGUACGCAAGUGCUUGCAUGCCUACGGAAUUCAUUCGUCUACUAUUCAGCCGGAAUUUGCCCCGGACAGUGACGCUGAAGACACUCUUCAGUCGCCCUCCCACCCUGAUGGCGAAGCGUCUGCCUCGACGACUCUCCCCAGCCGUGCACCUAGUGUUCCAGAAGGAGAUCCGCAGGCAUGUCUUCUCGAAUGUGGCGAGGAAUGCGCUCAAAACGGUCAAUGCUGUCCGAAGUGAUCGCCCUGAUCACCCUAAGCAUUACACUAUCACUUAUCACCUAAUCAUCCCACCUUUACACUUCUAUGCAUUGACUCGACCUAAAAUAUCAUUUCUUACCCGUUCUGAUUAUAUGCGUUGUUCCUGGUGACCAUACUGUCAUCUGUUGUCUGGGCCCUUGUUGAAAAUCUGUGGUUGGUCUUGGCGCAUGUCGGGCGGCUGGAUUUCUCUAAAUAAAGAUAUCCAGGCCCGCCUUCCACGCUAGGUUCCAUGUAUUCGUACCAAUAUUAUAACGUACCAUAUGUCUGUGAUUUAAUGAAGGAUUUAACUUUGCU